AUGGCGAUUCGGCAGUAUGUUGAUGUAUCGGGAAAGUUGCGCCUAUUCCGUCCCGAGCCGGCGGUGCCGGCGCAGCAGAUUCGACAACGACGGCGAGUAACGAGCCAGGCUAUAUCGGACCCGUUCGCGUUCUCGUUUGACGAUGGAGAGGAGAACGAGGAAGGGAAUGCGGCGGAGAGCAACGGUUACGGCGACAACGAACGAGUCUCCCUCCUCUCUCAUGCAGACCCAGAGGAGGAGACCCUAGCAGCGCUCGACUGGCCCGCCCUGUGCACCACCCUCGCCUCCUUCGCCUCCACCUCAUACGCCCGCCGCCUGCUGCUCUCCCUGCGGCCCCCCAAAGCCAAAGCACCCGCCCAGGCCCACCCCACACUCGCCCUCCCCUCUCACACUUACACCCACUCAGAAACAAGUCCCUCAGAAAAAGCCCUUUCGAAAGAAAAUCUCCCCCCGUGGGGGUAUGCAGAGCUACAGGGGCAGUGCGAGGGGUUGCUGGAGGAGACAGCAGCAGCGAUUGAGCUGGAGGAGAGGGCAGGGGGCGCUGUGGACCUCAGUGGCGUGAAUGCCUCGUUAGUGGGCGAUGCGCUAAGAGUGCUGGGGCGCGGGAUGAGCGUGAGCGGGCGGCAGGGCGCUGCUGUGGCUGCCAUGAUGGUGGCGGCCAAUGGGGUGCGGCGCGGGGUCAUGGACGCUGUUGCUGAGGUGGAGCGAGGAGGGGAGCGAGGAGGAGAGGGGGGUGGAAGGGAGGGGGGUGAGAAAAGCCGCCUGCACAUUCUUCUGGACAUG